AAGAAAUUUAUUUAUUUUUCUCAAUUGAAUCUUUCAUAGAUUUCGUAUAUUCGUCCUCUUUCUUUUAGGGAAUGGGUGCCUAUACCCUCUACUUCUCCUAUAGACAACGAACUAUACUUAGCUCUUCGAAAGAACAGCUCGAGAUCACUUCUGAAUUCAGAACCAAACAGUUUUCUUUUGGCUUUAUAUCCUUUUAAAACACUGUAAGUAUCCUUUUUUUUGCUUUCCUUGCGCAUUUCAUCCGCUUUUGGGAUUUUGCAAGACUUGAUUCCUCGGGGUUCCAAAAGCUGUCCAUUUGAAAAGACAUACACAGUUAAACUUCCCCUUCCCUCUGUCUUUAAAUCCACGUAAGACAUCAAGCCAUGCUUUGUCUUCGUUUACCUCGUACUGCUGUUCUUCAACAAUCUGCUUCGUCUUUCUUCGGGAGAAGCUGUUUUGGUCGCAAGUUUCAUCGCUCUCAGUUUGUACAAAAAGAAGGGACAUCAGAGAAGCAAGGACACAACGAUGCAACUAGUCAUGAAUCUUCAUCUACGUUUCAUCCUACCAGCUCUGUAUUGGCUGGUACAAUUCUGAAAAACCUCAACAUCAAAGCUGGAGGCAUUGACCCAGUAGCCAAGCAAGACCAUGAAUAUCCUGAUUGGCUUUGGACGCUUUUAGAUACUCCUGCCGAGGACUCUCGUACUGCUCAAAGUCGCACCCGGAAGAACGCAAUUCGUACAUCCAACUUUUUGAAAAAGAAAUAAGCUUUUAAGGGUUUCAGGGAUCUCUUCCAAUAACUAUUACUGCUUUUGUACUCUCUUCUUCUCUUCUCUCCCUCCUUUCUUUUUUUGUUUCUUCCUCCCUUGCACAUGCUCCUUUUUAUUCCCAAACAUUUGAACAGAUAAUAAGCUAUGGUACAAUACUGAUUUUGUAAAAAAUAAAUGCAAAAAGUCAUUUUAUUCUCUUCAAUCUUAAAGACAG